AAGAAUACAUUUAUUUUACUACACUUUUGCAUUUUAUUAUGUGGAAAGAGGGAGUUGGAGAUAAUCCUAAGUUCCAACUAGAAGUAAAACUACUUUUAAACUCAUUUUUAUUUUAUAAUGGUAAUUCUUAAAUUGUUGAAUAUUCAGAGUACAACAGUUUGAAAUGAAAUGUUUUCCUUGGAUUCAUAUUUAUUAUCAGAAUAAAGUAAAUUUAAAUCAUAUAUAAAUAUUAUAGUAAGUUAAAAAAUGUUAAGGUAUGGUAAUUUAACUUAUGGUUGUUAUGCAAAUAAUGCAUUCACCAGGUGUUAGGAGGGGGAUUGUUUGGUAAGGAGGGGAUGAAAGAAGGUAAUUUGGUGGUUAUGGUGAGUCCUAGUUGAGCUGGAACUGAUGCACUGUUGAGACAUGGUGCUGGAUUUGGAUUUAUUCAGAGAGGAGAAGGGUGGAAACCCUGAAAAGAUCCGCCAAAAUCAGAAAGAUCGUUUUAAAGAUGUUGGAUUAGUAGAUCAAGUUGUUAAUAAUGACCUGAAAUGGAGACAAUCGAGGUUUCAAGCAGAUAAUCUCAACAAGUUAAAGAACCUCUGCAGUAAAGAAAUUGGUGAAAAAAUGAAGAAAAAUAGAAAUAGCCAUACUCCACAUGAGUUUAAUUUUUCUGAUUUUAUCAAUAUUAAUGACAAAAAUGUACUAAAUAACUAUCUUGAAGAUAAAAGUUAUAUCUAUGGUUUUGAACCCACUCAAAUUGAUACACAAGUGUAUUUAAGUAUAAAUGAAGAUUUCUUAGUCUCAAAAAGUAAUAAUUACCCCCAUUUAUGGAGGUGGUAUGUUCACAUUAAAAGUUUUGGAGCUGGGAUAACUUAUUUUCCUGUUUACGAUAAGAGGAAAGAAAGUGGGGAUGGAAGCAGCACAUUGCCAUCAGAUUUUGAUCUGGAAUCUUUGACUCCUGAAACAUUAAAAAAUUUCACAGUUCCGCAAAUAAAGGAAGUAAGAACUUUAAUUGACAAAGCAAUAUCUUCAAAUGAAACUCUCCUUACUACAACUGCCGCAGAAAGGGAUAAAGCUCUUUCUGAACUUGGAAAUUUACUGCAUCCUUCUGUUCCUAUUAAUGAUAAUGAGGAUGAAAAUGCUGUGGUUAGGACUUUUGGUGAUAUUUCCAUUAAAAAGAAAUAUUCACAUUAUGAUUUGAUACAUAUGAUUGGUGGAAUUGAAUCGGAAAAGGGAGCUGCUGUUGCUGGAGGAAGAGGCUACUAUUUAAAGGGACCAGCGAUCAUGUUACAAUACGCAUUGGUGCAGUAUGCCUUGUCAAAGUGGAUCAGCUAUGGCUAUACACCUGUUUACACUCCCUUUUUCAUGAAAAAGGACAUCAUGCAACAAGUUGCCCAACUUUCACAAUUUGAUGAAGAGCUUUAUAAGGUUGUUGGUAAAGGUGGCGAAGAACAAUACCUCAUUGCAACUUCUGAACAACCAUUGGCCGCCUUGCACAAAGGGGAGUGGAUUGCGGAGUCUGAUCUUCCCAUCAGGUACAUUGGCGUUUCCACUUGCUUCAGGCAAGAAGCCGGCUCCCAUGGAAGAGAUACAAGGGGUAUUUUCCGUGUUCAUCAGUUUGAAAAGGUGGAGCAGUUCACCCUCACUUCACCAUUUGAUAAUAAAUCUUGGGACAUGUUUGAAGAAAUGAUAAGUAAUGCUGAAAAUUUCUAUAAAGAAUUGGGCAUUGCUUAUAGAAUAGUUAAUAUAGUGUCAGGAGCCCUUAACAAUGCUGCUGCCAAGAAGUUAGAUCUUGAAGGAUGGUUUCCUGGAUCUGGAGCUUUUCGAGAAUUGGUUUCUUGCAGUAAUUGUCUUGAUUACCAAGCUAGACGUUUGUUAGUUAGGUAUGGUCAGACUAAGAAGAUGAAUACACAGGCUGAUUAUGUUCAUAUGUUGAAUGCAACUGCUUGUGCGACAACACGUGUAAUCUGUGCAAUACUUGAAACAUACCAAACAGAAGAAGGCAUUUUAGUUCCAGAAGUUUUGAAACCCUUCCUACCACCAGUGUAUAAAGAUUCCAUCCCAUUCGUUAAUCCAGCACCUAUUGAAGUAGAAGAGACUAAGAAGAAAAAGCAACAAAAAGAUGGGAUUAGGAAAAAGAAUGAUGGAGGAACAGGUUGAUACUACAUUUUUUUAACAAUGCUUUGUAUUCAUUGAUUAAAAAAAUAUUUUAUUAUUUUUUUUUAUUCAUCUUCCUUUUUCAUUUUAUGAUCAUUCCUCAUUUCUAGCAUUUUCAAAAACUCCUUUUCUGUAAAAUUCAAUCCUUUUUCAGUUUCGGCAAUAUCCUAAAAUUAAUCAUUAAAUAUUUUAUAUUAUUUCAAACAUAAAAAUUGCUAUUAAAUUAAAUUAUUGUUACUGAAUAUUAAAUGGGCCUAAGAAAUAAAUUGUAAAAUAAUGACUUACCUUUUGUUUUUUUAAAUUUUCGAUUAGAAUCAUUUGUUUUUUUAUUGAACCUAAGAGUUCGGACUUCUGUUUUUCAAGCUUUCUCACCAUGACUACCAUAUCAUCAUUUUUUGUACGACAUUUAUCCCGAGCUUC